CCGCCACAUCACUCGCCAUGUCACCCGCCAUGCGUGACAAAACCCCAUGGACAAUGGUUCUCUGCGCUGGUUACUCUGAUUCCACAAUCUUUCUCUCUAUUCCAGCGGGAAAUUUGUAGCAGAGAGCCUGAGACUAUGACCAGCCAAAGUCCGUUCCGACAACCAAAUGUCUUCCGAUCCCGAUAAGCUCGUCGCCAAGGCCGAUAAGCUAACAAAGCUGACCCUUACAAGGUGGAGUGCUGAUUGGAGAAACGCCACUCUUAACUACGAGCAAGCUGCCAAUGCGUAUAGAGUAGCCAAGAAGUACGAGAAGGCGAAAGAUGCAUUCGAAAAGGCUUCCAAAGGGCAAGAGAUGCUUACGUCUCCCUGGGACGCCGCUAAGCACAUGGAAUCUGCCGCUGCUCUAGCUAAGGAGCUAGGUAACUGGAAUGAUGUAGCUGACUUGUACAGAAGGGCAUCCGAGUUGUACGUUGAAUGUGGGAGGGCGCAACCUGCAUCUGAUGCACUGGGGAAGGCAGCUCGUGCCGUGGAAGAUCAUCUCCCUGAUGUUGCUGUUCAGCUGUAUACUGAUGCUUGUUCACUUCUGGAAGAGGAUGACAAGGACCAAAUGGCCUUUGAUCUAUACCGCGCUCUAACCGCCGUCCACAUAAAGCUUGAGAAGUACACAGAUGCUGCAGCUGCCUUGUUGAGAUUGGGUCUUGCAGCUGACAAAUGCAAUGCUAGUAACAGCCAGUUUAAGGCAUACCUUAGUGCUAUCAUUGUGUACCUUUAUGCUAAUGAUGUCAAGGCAGCAGAGAAAUGCUAUAAUGACUGCUCACAGAUUCCUGCGUUUUUGGGAAGUGACCAGGGUCGAUGUGGUAGCAGGCUUAUCUCAGCUUAUUCAGAAGGCAACGUUGAAGAAAUUAAACGUGUGGCUCAGUCUAGCACCAUUACUCAUCUUGACCAUGCUAUCAUCAAGCUGGGAAGAAAGCUACCUACUGGUGAAGUUACCGCAGUAAAAGCUGGGACUGAAGAAGGAGAAGGCUUGGACGAGGAUGAUCUCACAUAAUGAUUCUUCUCAUUCUAGAGGGGUUUGUAAAUUAUAUACUUGCUGGACAAAUAUAUCCCGUCUUUCUUCCUUCCCAAGUCUUCUUCUCACACCGUUUAUUUGAAGUUUGAACGUCUAUUGUAACUGAUUGACUGGGCCUAAUGAUGUAAAGCUAACCUGGGCUUUUGGGAGGUUGAGUUAAUGCAUGGGCUGGGCCGUCAGUGAUUUACACGAGUAACCGUCU